CCCCCUCUCAGCGACAGCCCCCGGCGGGCACCUGGGCGGAGAGAUGAACCCCACCGUCAGCAUCGCUGUCAUCCUGACAGUCCUCCAGGCUGCCCACUGCCAGAUGAUCAAGGACCUGAGUGCCUGCCUGCUGGGCCAGAGCCUCCGGGUGGACUGCCGCUACGAGAACAAAACCAGCAACCCCCUGACCUACGAGUUCAGCCUCACCAAGGACAACAGGAAGCACAUCAUCCAGACCACCAUCAACGUCCCCGAGAACAUCUACCGGAGCCGAUCCAACGUCACCAUGCACAAGAACCUGGUCUGUCUCUACUUGCAGAGCUUCACCACCAGCGAUGAGGGCGUCUACACGUGUGAGCUGAAGAUCACCAAUGACUAUACUGGCAACCAGAUAAAGAACAUCACUGUCAUCAAAGACAAACUGGAGAAAUGCGCCGGCUUCAGCCUGUUGAUCCAGAACACUUCGUGGCUCCUGCUGCUUCUCCUCUCCCUGCCUCUCCUGCAAGCUGUGGACUUCGUGUCCCUGUGAAAGGAAAACGCUCACCACGCACACACCCACACCCACCCACCCGAGCCCACAUGCACGUCCGCACACCUCCGGCCCCCCCAGCGACCCCGCACCCCCCCUGCUGGAACGCAGCCCCUGGAAAGAGAAGCUGAACCCUCUGGAAGCAGUGAAAAGCUCU